AUGGAGCGCCGGAUCCUCCCACCGGACGCCGCGCCGCCGCCCGGCGCGCCCCUGCGCGACCGCAUCGCCGCCCUCGAGGUCCAGCUGCGCGGCCUGACUACAGGGACUCCCCCGGGGGAGUUCGAGCGCCGCGAGGCCGAGGCGCAGGCGGCCGCGGCGGAGCUCCGGGAGCGCCUCGCGGCGCUCCAGCGCGAGCGCGCGUCGCUGCAGGAGGAGGUGUCGCUUUGGCGGCAGCGUUCGCAGAAGUUGGAGGAGCAGCUCGGUGCGGGCGGGGGCGCGGCGGCGGCGGAGGCUGCGCGGGAGCGCGCGCACCUGGAGGAGGAGACGCAGCGGCUCGCGGCCGCGGAGCGGGAGCUCGCGGCGGCGACGGAGGCGGUGCGGGAGGCGCAGGCGGACCGCAUGCGGCUGCGGCAGUCCGUCGAGGCGCUGCAGGCGCAGCUGGCGGAGGCGCAGGGCGGCGCGAGCGCGACCGAGGAGCUCCGGCGCAAGAACGAGGCGCUGCGGGCGCAGCUGGCGGAGGCGCGGGGCGGCGCGAGCGCGACCGAGGAGCUCCGGAGGGAGAACGAGGCGCUGCGGGCGCAGCUGGCGGAGGCGCAGGAUAGUGCGAGCGCCGCUGAGGCGCUGCGGAGGGAGAUGGAGGCGUUGCAGGCGCAGCUGGCCGAGGCGCAGGGCAGUGCAAGCGCCGUUGAGGCGCUGCGGAGGGAGAACGCAGCGCUGACGCAAAGGAGCGCGGAGCUCGAGGGGCGGAUAGCGACGUUACAGGAGGCGGCGGAGGGCGAGGCGCGGGAGGCGGCGGCGGCGGCGGCGGAGCGCGUGCGGGUGCUGGAGGGGCAGCUGCGGGCGGCGGAGGCGGCGGGGAGCGAGGCGGCGCGGCGGGGCGCGGGGGACGCGGAGGCGCUGCGUGAGCAGCUGGCGGCGCGCGAGGAGGAGCUGGCGGGCGCGAAGAAGGCGCACGCGGACGAGCGGGAGCGCGUGAAGGUGGCGGUGGGCAAGUACAAGCGGCGCGUGGCGGCGGCCGAGGCGCAGGCGGAGGCGGCGAAGCGGGCCGCGGAGGACGCGGAGCAGCGGGCGGGCGCGGCGGAGGAGCAGCUGCGGCAGCACAAGCAGCGGUCGCAGGCGCUGUGGAAGGCCAAGGAGCAGGAGAUCGCGGCGGCGGCUGAGUCCGCGCAGCGCGUGGCGGAGCUGGAGGAGCGCGUCGCGGCGCUGCAGGGGCAGGUGGCAGCUCUGCAGGGCGAGGCCGAGGGCGCGGCGGCACGGGAGGCGCGGGCGCGCGAGGAGGUCGCGGAGGUCGAGGCGGAGUGGCGGGAGCGCUGCGAGGCCGCGGACGCGCGCGCGGAGGCGCAGGCGCAGGCGGCGGCGCGGGCCCUGCGCGACGGCGAGGAGUUGAGUGGCGGGCUCGACGCAGCACGAGAGGAGGCCGCGGGGCUGAAGACCGAGCUUGCGGCCGCACGGGAGCGCGCCGAGGAGGCCGAGCGCGCCCUCGCGGGCGCGCAGAGCGCGGCGGCGGCCGCGACGCAGCGCGCGGUGGCCGCGGAGGGCGAAGCGACACGCCUGCAGGGCUUGCUCGACGAGGCGAGGGCUGCCGCGCCCGCGCCCGCUGCCGCCGCCGCGCCAGCGCCGGCCGACGCGGGCGGCGCGGCGUCCGGCCAGGGCGGGAGGGCCGGGGAGGAUGUUUCUGCGUCAUCGUUGCCGGACGGGGGCGAGGGGGUGGCGAACGCUGCGGCGCAGGCCGCGACGAUGCUGGGCGGGCUGUUGCGGGAGCUGGAGGGGCUGCAGGGCGCGGGGGCGGCGGAGCAGGCGCGCGCGCUGGGGCGGAUGGCGGCGCGGGUGCGGGAGGCGGAGAGCGAGGUGGCGGACCUGCGUCGGGCGGGGGAGUUGAUGGAGGAGCAGCUGCUGGGGCUCAAGCAGGUGCUGCGGGACCAGGACCUGCGGAGCGGGUUCCGGGACGUCGACGUCGUCUAUCUCAAGAGCGUCGUCAUGAACUUCGUCACCGCGCUCAAGCCGGGCCAACGCGGGGCCUUGCUGCCGGUGCUCGCGACGGUGCUCAAGCUGGACGACGCCGAGGCGGCGCGGAUGAAGAAGGCUGUCGAGGACAGCGACACCAUCCUCGCGCACCUGCCCGACGUGUCGCACCUGCCAGGACUAGGCCACGUCGAUCUCUCUGCAGUGUCCAGCGCGGCGUCGUCCGUGACGGCGCAGACGUGGCGGUGGCUGCAACCGUCGUCGUCGUCGCGGGCGAGCGGGGCGGACGCCGCGGCGGCCCCUGCGGAGCCGCAGGGGGUGGGCGCUGGCUGGCUGAAUAUCCUGCCGACGUGGGCGGGCGGGGCGGCCCCGGGGAGCUCAGGACAGUGA